AUGUAUGGCCUGGUCUUGUUGGAAACGCAGGAGCUCGGUGCUUUGGUCAAUGCCCCUGAAGCAAGGUGGCAGCUGGCCGACAACGUGCUGCUGCUGGGCAGCCCUGCUCUCCACGGCGGCACAUGGGUGCGCAGCUGUUCCGUGGCCUGGGAGCCCAAGGCCUCGUGGUCGGCCACGAGGCUACGGCGGCUACGGUGUGGCGGUGCUCCGAAGAGUGAAGGCUGGACCUAUGGUGAAUACAAGGACGAGUCAAUCGAAGAGGCGCUCCUUUCCUUCGCUGAUUUUCCUAGCUGGUUUAACUUCAUGCUUUAUCCAGUGUCAAAGUUGGCUUUGGGCUACAGAUGGCCUCUGCUAGGACAGCAUUCCCAGUGCUGCCACGAAGUGUUGGCUGCUCCGAUUCGCUGCGAGGAGUUGAAACUUCCAAGGCUGGAAAAGAUUGACAAACCGAAAGGUGCGCUAGUGCAGCACAGUGCUCAAAACGAAAAGGGCACAUGGGCACAUCGUUCAAGAGUUCUUCGUGGCCGUGCAAGACAUUUUGACUUUUAUGACAACGGCACUGCAGGCAAUGGACAGCAGCGGACAGGAAACCUUGGCGAUUUGCUGCACGCGGUGGCCGAUGGCAGGAGGCCCUUUAAUUUGGUUUGUGGUUUGGAAGCCAAGACAGGCCAUAGCUUUGCUCGAGAGCUCCGACAUACCUUUGGAGGCAACGUGCGAUGUUCGGCACUGGAGGCGGUACGCUACUUGAAACCCAAAACACAGAGAUAUUUCUACACAGAAACCUUUGGAAACCUUUGGAAACCUUUGGAAGCUUACUUUUUGCAGAGAUAUUUCUUGAGCGGACAUUGCUCUACAAAGAAAGAGUCCUUUCUUUUGCACAGCGUCCACAGCCAGGCCUUGGAAGAGGUGCUCAAAAUGGCUCCAAAGCUCGAUGCAAAGGGCUUUGCAGCAGUGUUGGCUGCGUGCCAACGCUUGGACAUUGUCGAGGGUCUGGACUUUCUCAAGACAGCCUUAGAUGAGCAGAUUCCGCUAACAGAAGCUAGUUAUGUUCAUGGCAUCAACCUCUGCGUAGCCUAUGGCAAGUGGGAACUAUCCUUGGAAGUGCUGAAUCAGGUGGUUCAGCUUGGCAUAAGUCGCGAACUUGAUUGGAAGAUGCUUGGUGCAGCGAGGCGGACUUGUUUGGAGGCUGGCCAAUGGCAAAAGGUGCUGGAGCUGAGUGAGAAGAGCUCUGAGCAUUCAGAGCAGGAUGCCUAUGGCUACGCGGCACAGAUGAUCGCUCUGGAGAGGCUGGGGCAGCUCCAGGAGGCCUACCAUUUGUUCAAGGAGAUGGUGGAGAACUCGGUGACUCCGAAUCAGCACGUGUACGCUGCAUUGAUUGGAGAUGGUUCAGAUGAGAACGCGUGGCAACGUGCCUUGCACCUCCUGGAGGACAGCCGCUUACGGAGUGUCACCGCCAACCAAAUGAUGUUUGGCAAGGCAAUCAACUGCUGCGUCCCUGCAGCCCAGUGGGAGGCUGCAUUAUGCUUGUUGCGAGACAUGGACAGAGCCUGUUGUGUCUCCUGCGUGGCGCUCUCCAGUGCACUCCGUGCGUGUGGAGAAGGCUUGCAAUGGCAGAGGGCCCUUGGGCUUUUGCAUGCAGCUCCAAAGCUCUCGGUUGAACAGGAUGCCGACCUUUGGAAUUUUGCCAUUUGUGCCUGUAGCCUUGCGGGGAAGGGCAGGAUGGCGGAGCAAUUGUUGCGCUCCAUGAAGGCCAAAAAAGUGAUGCCAAGUUUGGAGUGCUACCACAGCACGUUGAACGCGAUGGGAUGCGACGCAGAGGAUACAUUCAAUGAGGAUGCGGUGGCGCGGCUCCUCUCUGUGAUGCAAAAGGAGGGGCUAGAACCGACGACUGUCACUCUCAAUUCUGCCCUAGGUGUUUCCGUGCAAAAAGGGCGUUGGCAAGAGGCCCUGGCCUUUGGACAACGUCUUCGGAAGCAGAGCAUCGCGCCCUCCGAGGUGACCUAUGGAGAGCUGAUCAGUGCAUGCAAGGAAUCCAGGAAGUGGCAAGUUGCUUUGAGUCUCCUGGAGGCCUCGCUAGCCGAAGAUUCCACCACUAGUGUGACAACCUUCAACAUCGCAAUCAGCGUUUGCGAGAGCAGUGGCAAGUUGGAAUUGGCGAUUCGCCUCCUGCGGAGAAUGCAGGAGCUGGGUCUGAAACCUGACGUUUACAGCUACAAUGCGGUUCUUGCUGCGUGUCAAGAUGCCGGAGACUGGCAGAUGGGAUUGGCUAUCUUCGAGGAGAUGAAAAAACAAUCCAUCAUGCCGGAUAUUUACAGCUAUGGCGCAGUGAUCCUUUCUUGCAGCAUGGCCAUGCAGUGGGAAUGGGCAGUGAACCUUUGGCACCAGAUGGAGUCACAGGGCCUUGCUGCGAACGGCGUGAUUCUGAGCAGCGUGGCUGGCGUUUGCAGCCGCUGCGGACAACAGGCGUGGGUGGAUUAUUUGCUGGCAGAAAUGCGGCGAAGAGGUGCCUCCCUGGACAACAACGCCUUCUCUGUGUCAGUUGACUUGGACACCGAUGCCGGUGCUGUCGCUGCUGAAGAGGAGGAAUCUCAUAGCAGUGCUGCAGCCCCUGUGGCCGAGGAAGAGUCGGAACAGUUGGAACAGCAGAAGCUCUCGGGAGCAUCUCUAAAGGUGUUCAUGGAGAAGGUGGAAGGAGCGUCCAAACUCUACAUGGAGGCUCUGAAGGAUGGAGCCUUUACACCAUGGGUGCGACCUGGUAGGCUGUUGGACCUUCACGGAAUGAGCACAGAGGUUGCAAAGGUGGCAGUUUACGUGGCGCUUUCUGGCGUGCCAGAUCUGGAAGAAGAUGAUCUUGCCUUCCUGUGGGGACUAAAGAUCAUCGUUGGCAAGGGCAUUCACAGCAAGGACAACCAGGUGGUUUUGGAACCGGUGGUUCGUGAGCUGCUGGAAGAUGUCUUUCAACUGCAAGUGAGCGAGACAAGUGAGGGCGCAUUCCGUGUGUAUCGGCAGGACAUUUGGGCCAUCAAAUGUGAGGGUGUGUGGCCACCCAAGUGGCUAAAAGAGGGCAAGAAGCCACCAAAGGCAUGGCUUCAGCGAAGACGGUGGCUGCCAGAACUGCCUCAGAGUCUCCGAGAGAGGAGUCGGCGUAUCUCUAAGCGAUUGAGUCGGAUAAGCACAAGAGAUCGUGCAUUGACUGCGGAAAAAAGCCUGCCGAAGGACAUUUUGAUGAACUUCUGCCCUUGCUCCAGAGUUGGCUUCAAGCAUUUAAUGCAGAUACAUUCACAAGACAUCACAAGACAUUGA